AUGCGCUUGAAGCUCUUCGUUCUUGGUUGUCGAAUAAUUCUUCCUCUAGUUCUAGCCGAGGCUGGUGCAAUGGAGGAGAGGCCCCUUAGCGGCAAGAGUGUGAAAUGUUUACUGUAUAUUUCUGGCUUCCUUCUCGUUUGUUAAGAACGUAAGAAGAGCCAUGCUGGAUCAGUCAAAAGGUUCCCUUAUUCCUGCAGUCUGUUUCUAGCAGUGGCCAGUCAGAUACCCCAUAGGAAAGCCAGGCAGGAAAGCACAGGAGAAAUAACAAUGAUUGAUGAACACGGAUAGGGGUACUAAUCAUCACGUCCCAGACAAUGGUGAUGCACAGGCAGAGCCUUCUGAGAAGUUUUGCUGGCAACACAUGCUGGAGAACCCCCAAAAUACAUAUCUCUGACCUUUUGCAAAAGAGGAAGGGGCAGUGCUACAGCUGGUGAGACAGUAUCCAGAGACUGGAGGGUUUGCAAUGGAAGAGCACCACCAAAGGCCUAAGCAAAUACCAUCACUUCUCUAUCCACCCAAAGUGACAGAGACACCACACAGAGAGCCACUCCUCUACAUUUCUUCCACUGCAAAUGGUAACAUAAUCGGUGUUGGCCAAGAUGGAUUGGUUUCCAUUUGGACCACAAAUUUAAAAUUGAAGAAAAGCUCUCUUAUACUUGGUGAAAGUGCAAACAAGCUGCAAAACAGGAAGAUGAAGUGGGUUUCUGACUCCAUUUUAAUGCCUCCUUACAAGAAGUUAAUUAUUGGGACCUGUGACAGAGAGAUACGUCUGUAUGAGCUCACCAAUUUGGAACCAUAUUGCCAAAUUAUUGGUUUUGAAACGAUGCCUCUGCAUUUGGAUUAUAGUGUUCGGGGUGAAGGUGAAUGUGUCAUAGCAUAUGGUGAUGAACAGGGCUGUGUUAACAUCCUGUUGAUCAAUUCUGUGGCAGAAACACUGAGAAACUGGACAAAAUAUCCAGUUGUAGAAGAGAUUCCCACCGUUUCUUUAGAUGCCAUUCAUGAUUCUGAAAAUAUCACAUUCAUUCGUUGGAAAGUCCAUAAUGACUGGGUGACAAAGAUCAAAUAUAUCCAUUCUAUGGAAUCCAUAGUAUCUAGUUCAAAUGAUGAUUGUACUGCACUGGUUAUAGGUAGUGUUAGUGGAACCAAAAAUUUGAAGCAUCGCUUGAAAAUUCUGAUGGGUUCCAGCAAUGGUAGCCUGAAUCAAUUCCCUGCACCAGUUAAAGGUUCUGCCCCAAAGCGUUUUCGUUGUGAUGAAUCUGUUUUUAAAGUGCAUAAAGGUGUCAAGACAUUUGACUACUCUAGAGAAAGUAAUCUUCUUGUGACUGGUGGUUUGGACCGGAAUCUUCGCCUGUGGAACCCUUAUGUCUCUGGAUGGUCGCUGGGCAUACUGCGAGGCCACACUUCCCCAAUUGGCUUCCUAUGCAUUCUUCAUGGCACAAAGGUUUUCUCAGUUUCUCUGGACAGCACCAUCAGGGUAUGGGAUACUGAAGACCAUUCCUGUCUCCUCACAGUCAUACCCAAAGCUAGUCAAAUCAGAGGGGAGAUGGAAGUUUGCUAUUUUUCACCUGACCUGCGGACCCUCUAUGUUGCAGCGGAAACCUUUGGUCUUCUUCGAUUCCGGCAUCAGGAAAAUCAGAUCCGUGAUUCAGGCAUGUCCCAUAAUGAACCUAUCGUCUGCUGUCAGUAUAACAAGCAAUCACAGCACGUUAUUAGUUGCUCAGAAGACUCUGUUAUAAAAGUGUGGGAUCUUAAAAAUGGACAGCUGGUUAUUAAGGUCUGUGAAGCUCAUGGAGACUCUGCAAUAACUUGUAUGGCCUUUGAUGCAAGCGGAAAGAGGUUGAUCACCGGGGGCAGAGAUGGCAGUCUGAAAAAAUGGGAUAGCAGCACUCUUCAUUGCAUGCACACUAUUAAGCAAGCUACCAGCUCUGCUGAUGAAGUCAUUGCCUGCACAUAUGGUGAUGUUUACAACAAAAGGUACAUCAUAUCUGUUGGGUCGGGCAGGAAGACCAGUAUUUUCCCAGAUCUUAAUGAUGAAAUCUCUGAAGGAUCAUAUCCACAACUGGACUGGAUGGAAAAUGUAGAAAAUGGUCACAAGGAUGAUAUUUUAUGUGUAGCUUCCUGCCCUCCACAUUUCUUGGCCACUUCUAGUUUUGAUGGUGAAAUUAUCAUAUGGAACUUGGUAUCAGGAUAUCCCUAUAGCCGUCUAAGUACUAUAAGCAGAACAAUGAUGGAAGGAGGAACAGAUGAUUUAAGCAUCAGUAAAAUCAUCUUCCUUUUAUCAAGGCUGGAAAGGAAGAAAACAGCAGCCGUGCUAGUGGCCAGUGGACCCAGAGGUUAUAUUACAUUUUGGAAUGUUUGUGGCCGUGGGAAACGACUUGCUUAUUUCUCUAGUUCCAAAGAGAAAUCUAUAAUCAGUGACAUUGCAGUCAGUGAUGACGACUCCCUCCUGUGUGCUGGAGACCAACAGGGGUCUUUGUGUAUCUGGAACAUUGCAGAAUAUGCUACAUGGGGACCAGAGACCAAGCCACCCGCUGUACUUCUGAGCUGGAGAGCUCACAGAUGCAGCAUUACAAGUGUUACCCUUCUGAGUGACUAUCAGCUUCUCCUCACAUCAUCUUUGGACUGCAGUGUGAAACUGUGGAGCCUAGAAGGGCAAUAUGUAGGUAUGUUUGGCCAAAAAGAACUAUGGAACAUCACAGACACGUCAUCCUGGAGACAGUCAGAUAACAAUAUUCACUCAGAAACUGAUGCUGACUCCUUUGGACAGGAAUCUCCAGAUAAAAGCUUUGCCAAACAAAGGGCAUCUAACCUGAAUUUUGAGGAUGACCCGAUACAGGAUAUCAGAAUUGUGAAGGCAAGAGAUGAUGAAAUUGCAGAAGAACUGAAGCAAAGGCAAAAACCAAGAACUCAACGCAGACCAAACAAGUACCAGCUCAAACCUCUUCAAGAACGUGCAAGCCUUGCAACAACCACUUAUCACUCACUUCCACUGUGUGAAUUAACCUGUGUAACAGCUGUCUUCCAGAAACCAAAUCUAGCAGGACUUGACGACCCAUUUCGUACAGUACUUUAACAGCUUUCUGUACAGGGUCCAGCAGAGAGCCCAGUUUCAAGGAGCCAAGCCACUUUUCUUAAAUGGAAAAUAAAUAGCACUUAUCCUUAUGCAACUAAUUUUUCCUCUUUUAAGCAUUUUGAGGGCUGU